UGGCAAGCGAUCGAGUCGUGGCGAAUAAGGAAAGUUGCGCGUACGCAAGCACAAAAACGCGCGUUGAGAAAAAAAAAAAACGAAAACAACAGAACUAGUUAUAUAUAUGUAUAAGUGUGUACAUAAGUAUAUGUAUAUAUGUAUAUUGUCAAACAAAAGCAAGGAAAACUGAAGUGUGGAAACAUAUUAAUUAAGAGUAAAGUGAAUAACCAAUAUAAAAUCAGGCUUAUGAGUGAGUGUUCCAAUAAUGCACAGUGCAGUUUGUGUGCCAAUGUUUGGUUAAAAUGAAAUUGAAACCUGAAAUUGUUAUGCAAAUAAGCUGAUUUCAUACGAAUCGUGUGCGAAUGCCAUUKUGAAAGAAAUUUUUUUUGCCACAUUUUUCACUCUAUUGAAAGCUGGAGCAGUCGGAAGUGAGCGCAAAACAAAAAAAAGAACGCGGUUUAUACUACGGCUAUGCGUACAUACAUGCAUACAUCUAUAAACUAAGCUGUAAUGAAAAAGCCAAGGGCAGAGUAGUAAAUGAGUUCGGUUCAAAUUUCUUCAAUGAUAAUUAAAUUUUGGUGUAUUAAAAAUUAAGAGAAAAAAUUUAACUAAGCAAAAGCAGAGUGCCAAAAAUAUUAAAAAUUAUUUUCCAAGCAAACUUGAUCAAACAACCAUUUAUGUGUACUAAUGUGGGCAUAAAAGGCGAUAAAACAAAUUUAAUUAAAAUGCUGCUAUUAUUUUAUAAAUGCAGUGCAGUUCAUAAUUUUAAGUCCUCAUGAGUGUUUGAAAUUAACAUAAAUAUUGUUGUGAAAAAAUAUGUAAUUAAUGCCGAAAACCACCGCAAUACUAGAUAACGGUUAAAGUUUUGAACAGAAAAAUAAUAAAAUUAAAAAUUUUAAAUAUUAAAUAUUAAAAAAUCCAGAGACGUGAGUGUAAAUAAAUACAAAAAUCCAGUAAAACGCCAUCCUUAUCGAAUCACAUAUACAUACAUAUGUAUAUACAUAAGUACUUGCUUACCACAUUACAUCUGCGCACCUAAAUACUUACAUACACAGCAUUUCGUAUUACGUACAUUGUACACAAGUAUGAUGCACAUUAAUGCCAACGUGAAACUGUAGAAAUUGAAGUAAAUAAAACACAAUAAAGCAAACCGAAACUCUCGACUCGCAUCGCAGACGUGUCGGAAUUUCGAUAAUGAGGCGUCAGUAAGCCAUCGGCCGUAGAGCAUACAACGCGCGAACGAGAUAUUCGUAGAAAAUUCGUUUUUCAAUACGAGACCGCAAUGCAUCGCGCAUGGUAGACGUGUGUGCAUGUAUUGGCUGCGGGCGUCACGUGAAGGGUGCAAUUCACCUGUUCGGCAUUGAUGGUGACGGUGCUUGUGACGAUCGCUCGCCAUGCGAGUAUGCUUGAUAUAAGCCAGCUAUUAGCAAAGCAUUUACAGCUAUGAAAAUAAACGACGCGCUUCGUUAUUGUUAUUGAGCGAUCAUCACUGUUGUUGUUGACAGUAUUAUUGCAGCAGUUUUGCGCUUGCGCUGACAGUUCAACUGCUUGAUCGCGCCGAUCGUUGGCAGUGUCAAGUGACUGCUUUUUCUGUUAUCGCUUACGUUUGUUCCUGACUGCAGCCUGCAGCUACAUCCAUCCAGAAUAUUCCUCAUCAUUUUCCUAGGUUAAAAUAUGACCGUGUCAUAUGCUGGUGAAGUGCCGAAUGGCAGUAGCUUUGGCUGCUUCUGGCGCAUUCUGUGGAAAUGGCGUGGCAGCGUUUACAAAUUGGUGUGGCGUGAAUUGAUCGCUUACUUAUGCCUUUAUUAUACAAUUAAUUUAGUCUAUAGAUUCGUAUUAAAUGAACAACAACAAUUAAUUUUUACCAAAGUCCGCAUAUAUUUCGGUCAACAGGGCGAAAGCAUACCCAUGUCCUUCGUGCUGGGUUUCUAUGUAAAUAAGGUUGUGCAACGUUGGUGGGAGCAAUAUAGAUUAUUGCCGUGGCCCGACACUUUGGCGCUAUUUAUUAGCGCCGCCAUACCAAACGCCACCGGCGGCGCAACGAAGAAUGAGACGGGUCGCCUGAUGCGACGUAACAUAAUGCGUUAUAUGGUGCUCGCCUACGUCAUCACGCUGCAGCGCAUUUCACUGCGCGUAAAACGUCGCUUUCCCACCACACAACAUCUCGUGGAUGCUGGUCUCAUGCACGAGUCUGAGUCGAAAAUUUUCGAUGCACUUAAUGCCAAAAGUCCCAUGUCCAAGUACUGGAUGCCAUUGGUGUGGGCGACAAAUAUUAUAAAUCGCGCACGUAAGGAGGGUCUGAUCACAUCCGAUCACAUUGUACAAACCAUACUGAUGGAAUUGUCCGAUAUACGACGACGUCUGGGUGGUCUGAUCGGAUAUGAUACGGUGUGCGUGCCGCUGGUGUAUACGCAGGUUGUGACACUGGUGUUGUACACGUAUUUCAUAGCAGCGCUGGUCGGCCGACAAAUGCUGCCGAACAUGCCCGAUGCCAAAGAUCCAGACUUGUAUUUCCCGUUCUUCACAGUAUUGCAGUUUGUAUUUUAUGUUGGCUGGCUAAAAGUCGCUGAAGUGUUAAUAAAUCCCUUCGGUGAAGAUGAUGAUGAUAUUGAAUUGAAUUGGCUCAUCGACCGGCACAUAAAGGCCGCCUACUUGAUCGUCGAUGAGAUGCACGAGGAGCAUCCCGAAUUGCUGCGCGAUCAGUAUUGGGAAUGUGUGGUGCCCAAAGAGUUGCCAUAUACCGUCGCCUCUGAGCAUUAUCGACGUGAGGAGCCCAAAGGUUCGGCGGAAAAAUAUAAAGUGAAGAAAGAGGAUGCCAUGUACGCCAAUAUAGUGCCAGGUGGUGGCAAACGUGGACUCGUCGAUGAUGUCUACGCUGAUUAUGAGAGCGUUGACACACCAAUGGUGGAGCGACGUAAAAAUAAUAAUUGGCUCGUACGGCAACUCUCACGUAUGGGCUCCAUACGUAGCCAGUCGACAGCUUAUUCAUCGAGUGGCAUGGCCUUUAAUCGGAAUCGUCUCAAUUCGGUCUACUCCAGCCCUGAGUCCGGCAUACCGGUUAACAUACUACAGCAACAGCAACAAGCACAACAACAACAACAGGGACAAGCAGCGCAAAUACAAUCGAAGCCGAGUUUUUACGGCAAGUUCGUGAACCGUAAAUCGCAACGCGCCCAGAAACAGUUGAUUAAACAGAACUCAAAGCUGAAUGGUCUCAAUGUCAAUGUACCCAAGACACGACCACGCAUACCCACGCCUGACGCUUCCAAAGAGUUGGGCGAAAAAGAUUUGGAUGCACCAAUUCAAAAUUUGAAUGCACCCAUAGGCACGAACACCGUCAUUAUGACACCACAGUUGAGCACUCAAACCUCCAUGUAUCCCUACACGAGCACCAACAAUCAGGAUGGACCUGUUUUGGGCACACUUCUAUUAUCGCCGAUUAAAGAAAUGGAUAGCUCAUCUUCCAAUAAUACUUUGAUUCCAGGACAUCCGACAACAACGGCAUUGGCGCAAGCUGUGCUACCAGCCAAUUUGAAGGACAUGAACUUUGGUGUGGUCUCGCCCACAGCACCCGUUACAACAAAUAUCACCACACUCUCUUUCCCCUUCACAAUGAGUACCAGCGCUACAGACUCAUUGCCCGCCGGCACUUUAAAUAUCGUACCCAUCGGUGCCACACAAAUGCCGACCAUCACCACCACCGCUAGUGGUUUCGAUGCCAACGAUCUCAUCACAACAAUUCCCGUCUCACUCUCCAUACAACGCUCGCCAUCGAUGCGCUCCAUCAACGACUUUAGCGGCAAUGAAAAUAUGGAUGUGCCACAUAAUCUCCAUGGUGGUAAUGGCGGUGGUGGUUUGGUCGCCACCACAAACAAAGCCAUACUCACUAUAAAGCCACUGAACGGCGGUGACAAUAUUUCACGCAACAAUAGUUUUAAUGCCAACUUGAAUCUAGAUCUGCAAGAUUCAUACAUACUAGAGCGAAAUGCAUCGGUGCGUUCGACUGGACAACCCGUCGGCAGUAGUGUAACGGAUGGACCGACAACGGCACCUCGUGACACUUCUAUAGAGGGUAGAACAGAGAGUAUGGGUGCCAGCGGCGCAUCGGCGCCCUCUACUUUGGCGAAGCGCACGCCCGAGCCGGCGAAAGGCACGAAAGAGGUGUAUGUGUAGAGCGAAAAGUGUUUGUUAGAAGGCGCAUUAGAGAGGCAGCUGCUCUUAUUUAUGCAUUUGUAAAUAUUGAAAUAAAAGUUGUUAGCUAAUUUUUAAUAAUGCAAGUAUGAUAUGCUUCAUAGCUAAAUUUCUAGAACUAAAAUUGUUUUCCAUAUUAAUAAUAACAAUAAUAGUAAUAUUUCUAUUAAUAAUCUGAUUACUAUUAGACCAAACUGAACCUUAUAUAAAACUAUUGCACUCGAAUAGAAUAUAGCGGAGAUCAAAUACAUCUGUAAAUAUAUAAUAAGCCUCUAAACGCUGGCGAUAUAACGGUGUUUUAGGCAUAGAUAUCAUAAAAAUCAAAAGUAUCAAACGGUCUUUUCAAUUAUAGCUCCUCAAAAUAUAUUUCAGUAUGUUUAUUUAAUAAAUGUUCUGUAUUAUUUAACUUUAUGGCUUGAUGUAAUAGCGUGCAAGUAUAUAUAUACAUAUAUAAAAAAUAUAUAAAAGUUUGAGUAAUAAUUUGGUAUAUAUAUUAAGCUUAUUCAAUUAAUGAUUGUUGAAUUAAUUGAAUCUCUAUAUAAAUUUAAAAGCGAAUGCAACCUUUUGUGAUAUUUGUCAUAUGUACUUUAUAUAUAUGUAUCUAUAUGUGCAUACAUAUCCACAUCUGUGCCGAUGUUAAGAAAAUUGA